AUGCUGUUUUCAGUCCGUGUGAUCAGGAGAAUAUUUGUGAUGUUGGUGUUAGCCAGCCUACUCAUCCUCAGCUACCUCCUGCAUGAGAAGCUCCUCAAGUUGGAGAAGAAGCUCUCAGCCUCUUCUGAUGCCAUCCAGCCUCAGGAGGUUGGAAAUCCCCAGCUUUUUACUACUAUCUUCUGUAGCCCCCCCAAAAGUUCCAUAAAACAGACAGAAGAAGUUUAUGAUCAAGACUUCUGCCUUAAGUUCAUGGAAGACAAAUUUUGUGAGAAAGGCAAGACACAUCCAUGCAGGUCUAAUGUGCAGAAGAAAAAGAAGGAGGUGGAAGUAAAUAACAUCCUUGCCAGAUUAGACCAGCAGAUGCCCAAUGUUACUUUUACUGAUAUAAAAUCUACUACAAGUGCCGAGAACAGCAAGGCCACUCUGUUGAACCAGAAGGACUCCUACUGUGUUGGAGAGCACUUGCUGGUUCAACUGGAUUUGUACAACUACUUGGGGAAGAAGAAGGAAUAUGGGGGAGACUUCUUAAGAGUGAGGAUCUUCUCACCAAAUCUCAAGGCUGGAGCUUCUGGACACAUCAAGGACUACAGGAAUGGAACCUACUUGGUGAAUUUCACCUUAUUUUGGGAGGGUAAAGUCAGAGUUUCUAUCUUACUCAUACAUCCCAGUGAAGCAGUUUCUGCCCUGUGGGCUGCAAGAAAAAAAGGCUAUGACAAAAUAGCAUUCAUAGGCAGAUUUUUAAAUGGAACUUCAUAUAUUUCUACCGAAUGUGGUUUCCACAUAUCCACAAAGACAGAACUCUGUGAAUAUGGAAAUGAACGAGAUCAAGAAGCCUUCUAUUGUGUGAAACCAAAGAACAUACCUUGUGAAGCUUUUGUUCACCUGAUGACUAGCAACAGGCCAAUAUCCUACCUCACGGUCCAGGAACAGAGCCUUUUGACCAGGAACAAGAUUGGAGUUGAAAUCCCUCAGAAGUUUGGGGAGAUCCAGGUUUUAUCUUGCAACAGAAGUGCCAGGAUAGCAAGAGGAAAAUGCAGAACUGGGAUGGGCUCGCCCAUCCCCAGCGGCUACGCCUUGCACAAUGCUUGGUACCCACAGUUUUGCUCCGUGUCCGAUUUUAGCACUCUGGAUAAAAUCCAUGCAUGCCUGAAGAGGAAAAUGAUUUACCUCAUGGGGGAUUCAACAUUGCGACAGUGGAUUUAUUCUCUUACUGAGAAGGUGGCAACACUAAAGUUUUUUGAUUACCAUGGUGCUGGAGUGUUCAAGACACACGUGGCUAUGGAUUUGGAGAGAAACACGUUCAUCCAAUGGAAAAAGCACGGGCACCCCUUCGUGACAAAGAAGUUCUUCUCCAUAAAAGACAACAACUACAUUAGCAGUGAAAUCGCCAGGCUAGCUGGGGAUGAAGACACAGCCAUUGUUAUCACUCUGGGGCAGCAUUUCCGGCCUUUCCCCAUGCAUAUUUUUGUAAGACAAUUGCUAGAUGUUCGUAGGGCUGUCUGCCACCUACUUCUGAGGAGCCCAGAAACACGUGUCCUCAUCAGAGCGGAAAACACCAGAGAACUGAACGUAGAGACUGAACGCUUUGGUGAUAUCAAUGGCUUCCCCCAGAAUCUUGUCAUAAGAGACGUCUUUCAGGGCCUUGAUGUCGGUUUUAUUGAUGCUUGGGAUAUGAGCAUUGCUUAUGCUGUUAACAAUGUCCACCCACCAAACCAUGUGGUCUGGAAUCAAAUCAUUAUGUUUUUAACUUAUAUCUGUUAG